CUGUUGCAGAACGUCCAGUCAUCAAUCCAUUCAUAUUUGGCGACGAACUAAUGGAAGGGAUGCGCACCAUGGUUGUGUGUACUGUCCUUGCAGGAGAAUCCCCUAUCAACAUUCUAUGGCUGAAAGAUUCGGUACCCCUCUUACAUUCUGAGCAUCGAGAUGGAAUACACAUAACUAGUUUGGGAGAAUUCGCUUCAUCACUCACGAUACCAUCAGUAUCCCGAUACCAUGCCGGAAAUUACACAUGCCUGGUGGCUUCCGGGACAGCACAAACAUCUUAUACGGCGGUCAUGAAUGUCAAAGCUAGUCCAAAAUGGGUGAAAAAGCCAAAGGAUCAAGAGGUUAUUGUAAAUCAAAAGGUUGUAUUUGCCUGUCAAGCUGAAGGAAUCCCAGAACCAAUACAUCGUUGGAAAUACCGACCCGGGGAUGGUCCUACUCUGCCAGCUGACUUCCGUAGUGUUGUAAGCAGUUCACAUAUGUAUGUACUUGAAAAUGGGUCUUUAGUUAUAAGAGAUGUUGAAAAGCAAGACAGUGGGCUAUACCUGUGUGAAGCAAGUAAUGGAGUUGGUGCAGCUCUAGCGGAAGUUAUAAAACUCUCUGUCAACGUUCCUCCUCGUUUCAACAAAAGCUUCGAAGUUAAAACUGUGAAAGAACAUCAAGAAGUUGGGCUUACCUGCGAUGCUCACGGGCAAAGUCCUUUAACUGUAUCCUGGAAAAGAUACCAAAGACCUAUUGAUAGAAGCGUACUAUCAAGGUACGUCUUAAGAGAACACGUACACCAAGGAGGUUUAAGAUCUCAACUGUCUAUUCCAGCCGUUCUCAGAUCAGACUCAGGUUUAUUUUCAUGUGAAGCUAGCAAUGAUUAUGGAAGAGAAGAAAAAAGUAUUCAACUGAUUGUUCAAGCGCCCCCCGAGACCCCUGAAGGUAUCCAGCUGCUCCAAGUCACCAGCCGUCAAAUUACGUUCUCUUGGACAGCGCCAUCUAGCGGGAAUAGCCCCAUUACCGGUUACAUCAUCGUUUAUAAUCAAAGUAGUAAAGCCAAAGACGAAGGCUUGGAAACAGUUCGAGUAUCUGCAAGUGAAACGAAGGUUACAAUAACAGGCUUGAAUCCAGGCACAACAUAUUUUUUUCGAGUUCAUGCUGAAAACAUUCUUGGUCGUAGUAACCCCAGUCCAGAACUUAUUGCUGCAACAGAAGAGGAAGCUCCAUCGAUAUCACCUCAAGAUGUCAGAGCAAUACCAAUCAGUUCAACAAUGCUGAAAGUGACUUGGAAGGCUCCAACUACAACAAAUAGUGCAUCUCUUCUUGGAUAUUAUGUAGGCUAUAGAGAUCUGAGUGCCAAUGACCCGUAUGUCUACAAAACUGUAGAUACAUCAAAGCUACAACGUCUAAAUGAAGCAUUGAUAUCAAAUUUAAGAAGAAACACCAAAUACGCAAUAACAGUACAAGGUUAUAAUAGUAAAGGUGCUGGCCCAGCAGCAAAAGAAGUUAUUGUGCAAACGUUACAACAUGAUCCACCCAAACCUCCCUCUCUAAGAGUUGGCCAAAAAUCCGAGUUUUCAAUAGAGCUUCAUUGGACAACUUCAGAAAUGACUCCAGUUACAGGAUACGUGAUACAUUAUAAAAAUGAUAUGGGUGAUACAGCAGAUGAGUCUCACAUUCCUCCACAACGCAACAAUGCAAUUGUGAAAAACUUAAAAUGUGGAACAAAAUAUCAUUUUACAAUAACGGCAUUCAAUACAGCUGGUAGAGGAGAACCAAGUGAAGAGGUCAUCGCGAAAACAAAUGGUGGAGCUCCUCAGGCUCCUGAUAGAGCUGCACUUCUUAUAGUAAAUUCAACAUUUGUCACUAUCCGUCUUUCUUCUUGGAUUGAUGGUGGGUGCCCGAUAUUGUAUUUUGAGAUUCGAUAUAAGUCAAAAAUGCAAAAAGAAUGGAUAUUACAGUCAUCUAAUAUCGCUCCCGCUCAAGCUACAACUAUUCUUAGUGACUUAACUCCUGGUACUUGGUACGAUCUUUUAAUGACAGCUCACAAUGAUGCUGGCUCAACAGAAGCUGAAUAUGUAUUUUCUACGCUAACGCCAUCUGGCGCAACAGUGCCUCCUCUUGCUUCCAUCUCAUCAUCUUCGUCCACUGCUUUUUCAAUAAUGAGAGAUCCAGCUGUAUUCGUCCCUAUAGUUUGCGCCAUUGUCGUCGUAGUUGUCAUCACAGUUGUCGUAGCCGUAGUAGUUGUACUUAGAAGAAAAGACUCAACUUCAGAAUGCCGAUCCCAAGGUGUCUAUUCAGCAAGCUCAGGUGGAAAAGGUGAAAAUCUUUCUAUGAGUUCAUAUGGUAAAGUAAAACGAAGUGAUCCAUCAGACGAUAGCCAAAGAGAACCUUUAUAUUAUCCAACCCCAUAUGCCACAACGCAGUUAUCAACUUACAGCGAAUCUCCCAACACUUCACACUGUAACACGUUACGAAGGCAUGAUGGAAAAGGGCAUGAAUAUGACAUUCCACAUAGACAUGCACAGAUGGGUGAAUACACAUCUUAUGCGAAGUUAUGGACGCGGACACAUGAACCUUUACAAGUUGAUGGUAACCUAUCAAUGGCGGCAAUGAAAGCAAAUAGCAUACAUCUAAAAUCUGUGAUAGACAGCUACAGGGACGGGGCAAAUGACGUAGAGGAUGUCCUCCACAUGACCUGCCCUCCUCAUCCGGACUCAACGGACAUUGACGAAUUAUCGGAAACCGAAUGUGACAGGCAUCACAGCUCCUGGAUUGUUAUCAGAGAUACGUAUGAAGAUAACCUGAUGAGGAGGAUGCCUCAUGUAUGUUAAGAGCUAUUUCCUGGAACUCAUCAUAAAAGAUAUGUACAUAAUGCUGCCCCUUUAAAACUAUAAAAAUCAUUCGAACAAUCUAUUAAACGUUUUUUGGAGAAACUACACAUUCAUCGAAAUCAUCAUCAUCGUUUUUCAUUUUUUUCAAGAGCGGAAAAAAACAUUUGUCGUUUUAAUGACUUGUGCCAUAUAAUGGAUAUGUUGAAGAAGAAGAAAAUUAUUUUUCAGGUUCUUUUUCGAAAAGAAACUUUAAAUACGAUGGUUAUCAAUUUAAAUUAUGUAAAUAACAAAGAUAAAAAUUCAACUGAAAAAAAAA